GUCGGUAAAGUUAGUUAGCAAUGUUGCGGGCCUCUGGAGACGCAGCGUUGGGCGGCACGGCGCUGCACGACCAGUUCUGUGCGAGAUGGCGACCCGUGCAGCCGCGAUGCACGCUCUGCUGUUGCCGCUGCUGCUCCUGCUCCUAUAUGUAGGAGUGUCGCGCGCGGCGUGCGGCAACGCGAGCGCGCUCUCGGAGCGGCUGGACACGCUGCUGGCGGAGUACGACCGCGGCGCGUCGCCUGCGCCUCGCCUGCCCGUACGCCUCGCGCUAACCGUACGCCACGCCGCACUCGACGAGCGCCACUCCGCCGUGCGCAUGCUGGCCGACUUGCAAAUGAGCUGGGAGGAUUCGCGGCUGAAGUGGAACACGUCGGUGUGGGGUUGCGGACGGGCGGGCGUGCCAGCCGAGCGGUUGUGGCUGCCCGACGUAGUGGUGGUGAGCGCGGCCACGCGUGGUGUUGACCCGGCCGCGUCCGCCGGACAGCGCGCGCGACUCGCCAGCGACGGCCGCGUCGAGUGGACCUCGCGACUCGACCUCUCGGCGCCCCUGGCGCUGCGCCUCGACGACUGGCCGCGGGACCUGCACACCGCCGUCUUCAAGUUCGCCUCCCGGGACCACGACUCCGACCAGCUCGACCUCACCGUCGCGCACGCCGAAGCUCAGACGGUGUUCGAGGCGGGCGCCUGGGAGUUGGCCAGCGUAUCGCAUUCGACGGAGACGUGGCGACGCGGCGAUGGCGAGCGGCGCGUUGUCGCCUGGGCGCUGAGUCUGCGCCGGCGCGCGCCCUCCCACGCUCUCGCCACGACCGCCGUGUUGUCCGCCGCAGCGCUGCUGCUGCUGGCGGCGCUGCUGCUGCCACCCGCCGCGCGCUCCCCGCUCUGCGCCUGCGCCUCCUUCACUGCCGCCAUCUGGUUGAUAUCGGCACUGGUGCGGCUGCCAGGGUCGGCGACGACGCCGCUCGCGGUGGAGUUGGCGGGCGCGCUGUGUAUCUGCGGCGGCCUGGCAGCGCUGUGCACGGCACUGACGCGGCGGCUGGCGGCCGUCACCGCCACACCCCCGCGCCGGCUGCGCACCGCGCUCGCCGCCGCCUCCGCGCUCUGCAGCCUCGCACCGGAGAGUGAAGGAGGUGGCGCGAGUGCGUGGGCGGCGGCCGCGUUGCUGCUGGACCGUGCGCUGCGGGCCGCACUCACAGUCGCGAUCUUUAUCAUCCUCUGCCUGUACCUGUAGUGCCUGCAGCCCCACGCCUGAGCUGCAGCCAGCUGCAGCCCCCCUUCAGUCCUCUGCAGCCCGCACUAGGUGCAAUGCUUAGCUAAGGACGUGCCGGCCGCAACGAGGCCGCUCUGUGCACUUUGAGCCCGGUGCUGCCACCUGCGGCCAUCUCAGACUCAAUGUUAUAAUGUUAAGUAACAUUGAUAUGAUAGUUUGUCGAGUAUGUUUGUAUAGAUUCUAGACUAGGAUUCAUAUUAUUUUCGACAUACGACUAAAAUAAAAUAUUAA